GAGAACUGCGAACGAAGGGGUAUUAACGUGGCUUAGUUCUUUACCUUUAGGCACGACGCCAUUGACCGAGGAGAUUAAAAUCUCGCUCGAGCGAUGUCGACAGGCGUUUGAUUUUAUUUCCGAUUUCUUACCUAUCGGUAUCGGUUUCUGUGAUAGCAACUCGUGCAGGAUACUGACAUUAUCGAGAAGCCUAAUGUCAGCCGUCAAAUCUGAGUUCUUUAAUCGAUCAUAAACAUAGUCAAACGUCGGGUGGUAGUCUGAUGGGCACAAGUGAGGUUUGGCGUCUACGCUCGCAGCCCAUUUCUAAUUUGUCCCUUGCUUUGUUAUUUCAAAUCUCCAUUUGAGCAUGCGAUAUCACAUUCAUUCGGCCAAAAAAAGAAGGGAACCUUUUGUAACGCUAGCGAACAAGUUGGCCAACUGGAAUUCUGUUGUACCCUUAGUAUGUGUUGCAGCCAUGACAACCACAUGGAAAGUGAACAUGAUUAAAGGUGUUCGAUCUGGAUUUAAACAGAUGGUGUCGUGUUUUGAAAAAUUACUCUUUGCACCAGUCUUUGAACCCUUCCAAUUGUGCGCCAAGCCAUCUUAAAUGGUUCUCGGUAAUCAACUAAUUGAUUUCCGGUUAUACAUAGGAUGGAUGUCCAGUUCAGUAGUCCAUGCAUGGGGUGACCACAGGGACGUGUGGGGGAAGCCUCACACAGGAGUGGUUCAAAUUGGAACUAAAUUGGUCUGAAAUUGAAAUUGAAUCAGGUGAAAUCGGGUCCAAAAUGAAACCGAUGUUUCCUCCCAAGCCGCAUCCUUUUACCGCACAGGCAAAGGGGCACGGCACUGUCAUAACCAGCGGUGCCACGUGAAGGGGAAGUGGACGCCGCGUGUAUUUAGUAAGUAGCUAACAUGUUUCAUUCUCCCUCCGCGAGAGGGCACCGAGGCGCAUGCGGUAAAAGGUGCGUCCGGUCACGGUAAACACACUGGUCGUUGAUCCCCCCAAUCACCAUUGCUGAUUUAUAAUUUAUAAGUAAAACAUGUAUAAGCCAAGACGUGUGCGUAUAUAAGAGCAGGUGUUCUAUAGGGAUGCGCCCCGGGGACAAAACAUGGCCGUGGCAUCUGGCCCAGAUUGCAUUCUACUAGUGUCGAUCUCGUAUCCUCUACUCUCUGUCUUGGUUCUUGUUCCGGUUUCCUCUUUCUCCGAUCUCUGAAACCGAGAGUGAGAGGAAGUUUCCCUUUUAGAUCCAGUCCUUCCCGGGGUCCGGCGAGAAGAGGGAUAUUACCUGUGCCUGUAAGCUUCGGUGUAUCGUGAGCAGGGGGGCGGGAGAUGGGAGUUCAGGUCGCAGCGACUUGCACGCGGUGGUCGCAGCUGUCGCCCACCAACUCCCUGAAUUCCUCCCAGGUCGCUGCCGCAGUCUCGCCUCUCGGCUCCAGCAAGCGGAUGGGUGCUGCUGCCGGUGUCUGCGACUGCGUCCUCGCGUCUGCCUUCCUCGGUGCCGGCUCUGGCAAGCUGUUGAGGGCUAGGUCGUCGGAGACUCACAGGGGUCGUGGAAGGCGGAGUCGGCAGCAAGCACUACGCCGGCCCUUCAGUGCCAGCCUUGAGCACUUCGCAGCACAGGGUGGCGACGAGGAGGAAGAGGAGGAGUUUCUGCAGAGGCUCGAGGGAUUGGCCCUCGAGCUGCAACAGGAGCGGGCAGAUGGCAGCGAAGACUCGGUGGCUCAUUCCGAGUCAUGGAGGAGCGAGGAAGGCGAUGCCUCGGGAUCCUUUUCGUGCUUUGGCUCCGAGUUUAGCCCGGUAAUUUCUCCUGUGCCCUUUUCGUCGACAGAGCUGCAGUGGCUGCCCGUCCUGCCGGAGACGCCGGACUGGCCCGACCAGAUUGUGCCGCCCAGCGUGGAGAGGAGCGCAAACAGCGUCGAGCUGCCGCUGUCGCUGCGUAUCAUAAAGAGGAAGAAGCGUCGGGAGGAUGGGUGGUUCCGGGAGACGGGCGAGUCGGCCUGCUGCUCCGUGAAGCGGGCCUUCUCGUCCAUGGUGUUCAUGAUCCGCGAGCUCCAGAGCUACACGCUCCAGAUGCGGGAGGUGCUCUGCCGCGAGGACCUCCAGGGAAUUCUGGCGCGGGUGAAGCGCGAGAUGAACUCCUCCUUCGUCUGGCUCUUCCAGCAGAUCUUCUCCUGCACCCCGACCCUUAUGGUCUCGAUCAUGCUCCUCCUUGCCAACUUCACCGUCUACUCCAUGGGCCACCUCGACGCUUCCGCCAUGUCUGCGCCCGAUCCGCCGACCCAACAGUCGCUGGUCGAGACGGUCGUGGUGGAGGAGCGUCGCCAAAGUCAUCAUAACCAAUCCUCCAUCGUCAAGACGUUCUCCUCCACCGGGCGAACUGCAUCCAUCGGAGGUAGCGGCGCCGGCGGUGGAGGGAAAGCAAGGCCGGUCGCGGGGGCCACGGGAGACGGGCAGCCCGAUGGCGGAUCCUCCGCUUACUCGACGAUCCUCCCCGACGGGAUCUCGACGGCUUCGGGGGCGGUGAACGCCGAGGAGGGGCAACAAAGUGCGACGGAAGAUGGCGCGUUGGUGGCGGUGGCAGCAGCGAGGGCGGAGGAGGAGGCGAGGGUUUGGAAAGGGAUACGUGAGGAAGUGGCAAGUAUACAGUCGAGCACGAGGGACGAGGCCCUCAUGGACCCGGAGACGGUGCGGCGGUUGGUCUCGCCUGUGGCAGUGGAACUGGAGCCGGACGACUACUCGGGCUACCUGCGGACGGAGAUCAUGUACCAACACGCCCUGUCGCAGGACCCGGAGAACGCGCUUCUACUCGCCAACUUCGCUCAGUUCCUCCAUGUCGUCCACCACGAUCACGACAGGGCGGAGUACUACUUCAAGAGGGCGGCAGGGUUGAAGCCGGCGGACGCAGAGGCAUUGGGUCGGUAUGCGAGCUUCCUGUGGCUGGCGAGGAAGGACCUGGAGGCAGCGGAGGAGACCUACUUGGAAGCCAUCGCCGCGGACCCCGGCAACACCGUCCACGCAGCGAACUACGCCCACUUCCUGUGGAGCACGGGCGGCGAGGACACCUGCUAUCCCCUUGACGACGGCAACAACGAUGCAUGGUAGCUGCAGGAGAUCAACACGAUCUCUGCCUCCACAAACAAUGGUAACGCCGUAGAAGCCCAAGAAAGGCUGUGCGGCUCAACUAUUCCUGCUAAGACGAAACCCAAAUCAAAGGCCGAUCUAUUUCUGGUCUGGUCGAGUCGUCUUUGCGAGGCUGGGAUGGAGACCGGGUCAAUAAUCGGAUCGACCAAACCAUGUUUACUUGGUUCCACUUUACAGCAGCCCAGCCCAGUCGGCUACAUAAUGAACCCAAAUCAAAUGCUCAAGUAAAAUUGCAUCCCAGUCGCAAUGAUUACGGUAGUAAAGCAUCUCAAUGAGUGUACAAAAACAAGAGAGAGAGAGAGAGAGAUGCUUCUAAUUUCCAAUAAUCGAAACUAAAUCGUAUGGCACUGAUUCAUUCAAGUGAUUUUGGUUCUAGUUUUCAAGAAUAUGAUAUCAUUCGGAAUCCAA